AUGAAGGAAGAAAAUGUACACGCUCUCAAAUAUCGCGAGGCCAAGGCUCCUCAAGGCGAUCCAGCCUCCCCGGUUGCCAGCUUGUUCCGUCUAGAUGAUCGAACGAUUGUCGUUACUGGAGCCACUGGAUUCCUCGGUACGACUGUUGCCGCUACUAUCCUUGAGAGCGGCGGGGAUGUGGUGUGUCUGGAUGUGAUGGAAACGCCUUCCUCUGCAGAUUGGAAAACUGUUGAAAAGGCCGCUGACCAGUACUCGCGAAACCUUUGGUAUUAUCAAUGCGAUGUCAGAGAUGCUGCGCAAGUCACCUCUGUCUUUAACAAGCUUGUCUCAAAGAUUGAACAUCCUCUCAGGGGUCUUGUCGGGUGUGCUGGUGUCUCUGAUAACGGCCCAGCGGUAGAUUUCCCCGUUGAUGCAUUCCGGAGGCUGCUCGACAUUAACCUAACGGGAACAUUCCUUGUCGCCCAGGCUGUGGCUAAGGAGGUCAUCAAGGCCAAUGUCUCGGCCAGCAUGGUUCUAGUCGCUAGCAUGAGUGGAUAUGUUUCCAACAAGGGAGUAGAUACUGCCGCAUACAACUCAUCCAAGGCCGGCGUCCACCAGCUGGCACGGUCUCUAGCGGCCGAGUGGGGAUCUCGUGUUGGCACACCCCUCAUUCGUGUGAACUCACUUUCACCUGGGUACAUUCGAACUGCAGCAACGGCGGAAGCCUUGCAGAAGCCUGGAAUGGAGUCACAAUGGGUCGGGGACAACAUGCUGUAUCGCUUGAGCACGGUGGAUGAGUUCCGCGCACCGGUUCUGUAUCUGCUUGGUGACGGGAGCAGUUUUAUGACGGCUGCUGAUCUGAGAGUCGAUGGGGGUCACUGUUCUUGGUAA